AUGGUCUCUGCUUUCCUGUUCUCAAUUGUUCAUGCUCAGACUAGGACCGUAACGAAUGCUAACGGGCAAACUGUCAUUAUUGCGGUCUCUACUAAUCAAGGAGCGCUUACGACUCAGACAAUGCAAACUAUCGUAAUACAGCAACAGCAGGGUCCCGUCGGACAACCCCCUGCAACUACCGGAACACCUCACCUUCCUAUUCCCUAUCAGUAUACCACUGUUGUCAAUGGCGUGAAAACCGUGAUACAAGACACGUUUACCCCCACCCUUGGAUUCCCUUCUACGACUAUAAAACCACAGGUUCCCUCUACUGGAAUAAUUAUGGAUUAUAGCUCAUGGUUAUCUCAAUAUGGAGCGACUAAUGCUGCUUCGGUGACCUGCAGACGGCCUAGUGAUGGAUUGAGUGUAUUUUUGAUGUUGGCCGGAAGUUUAUUGGUAUGCUGGAUUAGCGGGCUAGUCGUUCUAAUGUCAUGA